AAUUUGUAUGAAAGCUCCUUUUCCUUCAUUUGCUUAUUUUAGGAGGCAGCAGAAAAUGUCCACUGAACGGACUUCUUGGACAAGUUUGUCCACUAUUCAGAAAAUAGCACUGGGCCUCGGGAUCCCAGCCAGUGCAGUGGUUGCCUAUAUCCUAUACCGCAGAUAUAGGGAAAGCAGAGAAGAGCGGCUGACAUUUGUUGGGGAGGAUGACAUCGAGAUAGAGAUGCGAGUCCCCCAGGAGGCUGUGAAGCUCAUCAUUGGCCGGCAAGGAGCCAAUAUUAAACAGCUACGAAAACAGACAGGUGCUCGGAUCGAUGUGGACACGGAGGAUGUAGGAGAUGAGCGGGUGCUGCUUAUCAGUGGUUUUCCUGUUCAGGUGUGCAAGGCCAAAGCAGCAAUUCAUCAGAUCCUGACUGAGAGUACCCCAGUGUCUGAGCAGCUCUCAGUUCCCCAGAGAUCUGUGGGCAGAAUCAUAGGGAGAGGCGGCGAGACAAUUCGUUCUAUCUGUAAGGCCUCGGGAGCCAAAAUAAACUGUGACAAAGAAUCAGAUGGGACAUUGCUACUAUCAAGACUUAUAAAAAUCUCAGGAACACAGAAGGAGGUGGCAGCAGCUAAGCAUUUGAUACUGGAGAAAGUUUCAGAAGAUGAAGAACUUAGGAAGAGAAUUGCUCAUUCUGCAGAAACCAGAGUCCCACGGAAGCAGCCAAUCAGCAUAAGAAGAGAGGAAGUGACAGAGCCAGCUGGGGCUGGAAAGCCAGCUUUAUGGAAAAACACUGGCACUAGCUUGGAGCAGGCUGCACCUCUGGCAGUUCCUCCCCACAAAGGAGGUGGUGACACGUCUGUUGUAGGACCAGAAGAGCGUUCCUGCAGGAAACCUAAUGAUGACAACCUUCAGAAGUUUGGAGCCCAGACCAGUCCAGAGACAUCCAUGUUUGAAAUCCCCAGUCCAGACUUCAGUUUCCAUGCUGAUGAAUUCCUAGAAGUCUAUGUCUCUGCCUCUGAACAUCCUAACCACUUCUGGAUCCAAAUCAUUGGCUCCCGCAGCCUGCAACUGGAUAAGCUUGUCAGGGAGAUGACCCAGCACUAUGAAAAUAGUCUGCCUGAAGACUUGACUGUGCAUGUAGGAGACAUUGUCGCAGCACCUUUACCUACAAAUGGUUCCUGGUAUCGAGCCCGGGUCCUUGGCACCUUGGAGAAUGGGAACCUGGACCUCUACUUCGUUGACUUUGGAGAUAAUGGAUAUUGUCCACUGAGGGACCUCAGGGUGCUCAGGAGUGACUUCCUGAGCCUUCCAUUUCAAGCAAUAGAGUGUAGUCUGGCACGGAUAGCCCCCUCAGGUGAACAAUGGGAAGAGGAAGCUUUGGAUGAGUUUGACAGACUCACUCACUGUGCUGGGUGGAAGCCCCUGGUGGCCAAGAUCUCUAGCUACGUCCAGUCUGGGAUCUCAACUUGGCCCAAGAUCCACUUAUACGACACUAGCAAUGGGAAGAAACUUGAUAUUGGGUUAGAAUUAGUUCGUAAAGGAUACGCAAUUGAGCUUCCUGAAGACAUGGAAGAAAACAGAGCUGUCCCAGUAACGUCGCCCAAUGUGGCCACAGAAACAGAUGUCUCUCUCCGCAGCACGGUCACUGAGACCAAGAAGAGCCCUGGAGAGAUGGCGCAUACCCUGUCCUGCCUCAGUUUAUUAGAAGCUGCCUCUGUGUCUGGUGAUGAUAACCUUGAAGAUGACUACUUAGUCUGAAGUCACCUUCAGUUGCCUCAGCCAUCUGCUUUGCAGAUUUGGCAUAAGAUUUGGUGCCUGGAGAGAGGAGCCUGUGAUAGAGAUCAGUGCAGUUCUUCCUUCAUUAUAUACAAGAUCUGGCUUGCUGUGGACCAAAUGCAUUUGCUCCUUCCACUGGACUACCGGAAAGUGUGAGGGGUGGAGGGAGACAAAUACAUGCCCCUACUCCCCUGCCACCCCUGUGCCACUUCCAGUGUUUGAGUCCUGCUGCGCUACUUCCAGCCUGCUCAGUGUGCAGCUAGCUCCCCUCGACCACUCACAAAGCACACUUACUGCUAGGCUGCGUCCUUUGGAGGCUGGGAAACAGCCAGGGUUUGGUUAUUGGAAAUGAUGAUUCUGCAGACUCCUGACUCACCUCAUCAGGUGACUGGUUAAGGAGAGUUUUUUAAGUGGUAAACUCAAAGACUGCAGUUGAGUCAGGAGGCAAAGGCAAAACUCAGCCUAAUUAUAUUGAAAAGCCUCGGGAAGUGGGAAGAGGAUACUGCCUCCCAGCCUCAACUGCUGAUAUGUUAUUGGAGACAAGGUUUUUGAAACAGUGCUCCAACUAUUUCCCAGUAAACUUUGGUUAAAAUACAAGUAGACAAGGAGAAAGGUGACUCAGGAAAUAUUCUAAAUUGCUGGUAUAGUAUCUAUAAUAUAUAUGUAUACACACGCAGCCAUAGAGCUCGUGUAGCUGUUCAAAUCAUUUGGGGUUCCUUUGCUGAAUAAAG